AAUUUGACGCCUUUUUUAAAAAACAUCGAAUCGCAUUAGAGGUGCAAGGGGCCCAACAUCGACUUCAUCACACUAGCUGGUAUAAAGAUGUUAAAAAACUUGAGGAUAUUGUUAAUCGUGAUCGGUUAAAAAGAUGUGUAUGUCAAGAUAACGGAAUUUUCCUACUUGAGGUAUGGUAUGAUGAAAAACCAGAAAAGCGUAAAAAUACAUUGGACUCAAAGUCUUCAAGUUUUCCUGGAAAUGAUUAUAUAAGUGCAAUAUUUUCUGAUGAUGAUGCCGGUUAUUAUUAUCAACAAUUGUAUUACAGCGGUCACGCUCACAUGUCACCGCAUAUAAAAUCCGUUACUUUAUUAAUUUGA